GCAGUACUACUUUAUGCUGAGCCGGUGCAAUCAAGUAAAGCAAAAACACCCGUGUGACCUCCGGUUGAUCCAAAACUCAGCUGAUUCAUAGCAGUGUGCUCAACUGGGCUGAGUUCCAUACCAACAAAUCCACCGAAAUACAUUUUAGAGCGAUUUGCACGAUCCAAGACAUUGGCAUAGCAUGAGCACAGAGCCAGGGACAGAAGCUGCCUUUAUGCAGGGCAACCAAAGCAAAGUGGAACAUAGUGAUUCGCAUUCGGCCCUCUUCUACCUCUUUCAUGAAGUCUCCAAGCUUGCAGCACCAACCCACAGUUUAUUGGACACAAAUCCACCCUUCAAAAAGCCCAAUGAGGUAUCAAAUAACAGCUGCAUAACUGAAAAGGAAGAGCAAGCUACUUGCAGCUCAUUGGCAGAUCCUUUAGUAGUAAAAGACGGAGCGGCACAUUUAUUUCAAUCCUCUUGUGGUUCUCAUCGACACAGUUUGUGUUGCAUGAUACCGUUCGAUCACAUGAAGAAUGUGAUAGAGGAGGGUCACAGCAGCAAUGCCUCAACCUUGUGUGACCCACACGGUGAGUGGAACAGCCCCUGGAAAGUGCUGAGCCUGAUCAACCUGCACUGUGAAAGGCUUCUUCAUGAAAAAGAUGUUGAGGAGCCAAGCUUCAGUUUAGGAUUCUCUUCUUCAAGAGUCAAGCACUCGAAUGCUACUUUUAAAACUGCAGCACCAGGUGUAACAAAGGGCGGAAUCACAGAAGACGGUCUUGACAGCACUUCAGGGCCAUCCAUUCAACCUUGUGAGGGACAGAGAUAUCCAGCUUCGGCCCGUACUGUGGAAGACUUGAAAGUGGGUAGCUCUGAAGAGGUGGUACCAGAUGCUGGUGAGGGGUGUAGCAGGCAGAUGCUAACUACCGAGAAAAUGGCUCCUCUAACUAUAGCAUUGUAUAAAUGCGGUUCAGCAUUAACCUUGAAGCCUCCGCAAGGUUAUAGAGAGAAGUCCACUGUUGCCAAACACCUGGAAUUGAUCCAGGAGUACAAGAGGGAUUGUUUUUUUACUGAAAAAGGUCAUUUAAAUGUACCUCUUCCUGAAAAUGCUUUGCAACAAAUGCACACCCCUGGUAUAUGUUCUAAUGCCCACCUUACUUUUAGUCCAGCCUAUAUGGAGUGCAUAGAUCUGCCAAAACCACCGCUAGCACUAGAUCACAAUGGAAAUGUUACUUUGUCUACCAAGGUACCUCCUGCCAGCACAGAUCAGCUCUCAUCACAGUCGGGAUCCUUCUUAUCGAACACAGCAGGGAGUCAUCAGUCUUCCUCAGGACAAUACAAAACAUUCUCAGCAUCUAAAUUUGAAUGCUGUCCCACUACCCAGGACCAAAACCACCCUGCAGCAUCCUCAAGCUGCAAUUUUUCAUCUGCAACCUCAUCAGAAUUCUGGAGGGUGAGAAAUGGUGAAAAAGAUCAGCUUUCUACCAACAAAUGUAAGACCAGGACUCGAAGGAAACAGCCUCACCCUUCUCGCAGUGCUGAUAUUCAAGACCCAGACUUCCAGGGAGUUGCUUUCAGGAUAGCCACGGACCUGGAUGACAACAGGGAACAGGGUCGGCUUCUCAUUACUUCAAAGUACAGCAAGGGGCUCUGCAAAUCUGUGAGAAAACCGAAGCUGAGGACUCGAACAUCACAGAAAUCAGCUAAAACCAGCAGUUCAGAUGAGGAGAAUGACCACACUACUAAUAUCAAUAAGGGGAAAGUGUGCGCAUCCUGCUGCACCAGGAAGACCCCCAUGUGGAGGGAUGCUGAGGAUGGGACUCCUCUUUGUAAUGCUUGUGGCAUAAGGUAUAAGAAGUACAGAGUGCGUUGUGUCAAAUGUUGGCAUAUCCCCCGGAAAGAGGGCAACUCCAACUCACUCUGCAUCAGGUGUGGAAACUUUGUGAAACUCACCUCAACUCAGCGGAAACAUCCCUCUUAGAGAGAAUGCACAUGUUGGUUUUUAUGUUUGUUUGACAAAGCUAAGAGCGCACAAGGUCAAAACAAUUGUUACUGCUCCUUUUAUUUACUUGUUUACAGUUCAGGACAGAUGGGAAUGCAAAAAAAAAAAAAAAAAAAAACUACAUUUAAACAGUUGUAGAAUGCUUGAACAUUGUUGUCAGAGCUUAAAAAAUGUUACAUUUUUAUGUCUAUUUAAUCUUUGUUUGCUGUUUGCAUCUUAAUUUUUCUGCAUCAAGUGUGACAGUGUUUUGUAUUAUUUACCUUUACGGAAUGAAGCUUUUGUGGACAACGCUGUGUCAUCUAGCCUCCAUAAACAGGACACUGAAAGACUGUUGAGACAUUUGGGGACUGUUGGAGAACAUUUAUCUAUCUAACUGUUAUUUGUCAUCUAAAUAUAGAUGAUGGGUGUAAUGAUUUUCAGGGAUGCCUGUUAGCUCCAGUAUUUAUCUCUGGUUUGGUAAUGUUUGCUGGUAAUAACUUAGACAACAAUUUACUGCCUCUGACCCUGACAGAGACACUGUCUGCUAAGCCCAGUGGGUAAACAUGCACAAGUUACAUUGGAUUAGGUUGUCUUGUGGUAUUUGUGGGUUUUGUACUGUUUGGGUUGUUGUAUUGAAGAUAUUGUUAUUGGACUAAAUAUGUUGCAGGCUACAGUUGUUCACUGAUUUCCUUCUGUUGUCUCUGAGAGAAAAGCCGUUAUUUUGUGUAUUUGCAUGGGUUUUGGUUCUGUCGCAAAUUUAAAAAGAAACAUCUGAUAUGUUUCCCAUUUCUUUCAUGUGUGCAAGUGUGUAAAUAAAGUCUGUACAGCUGACAUAAA